AUGGCAGUUGAAGGCGUUGAAAAAAAGCAAAAAUGGAAUGAAGUUGUGACACCUAACCUAAUAACAUCUAAUCUCGAACGACUUGUACUUUCAUCAACCGCUGAAAAAGCGUAUAAUACAAUGGCAUCAGAAGGAAUUGCGAGCAGUAAAAAGACGCUGGAAUUAUUGUUAGCAAGAAAUGGCCGCUCAACAGCCUCACAGAAUGGUGAAUCAGCAAUGAUCAAUAAUAAAAGCUAUACCUUGGACACGAAUGGGCGAGUGUGUUUGGUGAAGAACAAGGAUGGCGGCACUCGGGUGGAAGAGGUGCGCAAUUUGCAAAAAGAGACGCGCGAGUUACGCGAACUCGAAAAAAAUCUCGAAUUCUCACUGGAACUAAUCAUGCAGCAGCACAGAAAAAUGAUGAUACAACAUUUGAAAGAGCGGAAUUUGGCGAAACAGUUGGAAAGGGAACGAGAGAGAAGUGUUGUGCAAAAAUGUGUGGAGGAUGUCAACUCGAAAUUAACCACUGAUUUUGUGACGGUCACCAAGAUUUUGGAUUCGACGAUUGCGAAAGAGGAAGAGAGGACGAGAAAGAGUGCGAGGGUGAGGUUUUUUGGGCGGGAUUUUACAAGGGAACCUUUUUUACUCAACACUUCAAAUCUUGAUAAAAUUUUGUCCAAAGACAGCUUUUGGGACCAUAAGAAUACCCUAAAAAUUUUAGUCUCCCAAUGGACCUCUGAGCCAAGUUCUGGGCUCUCAAAAGUUCGAAAAUUGGCUCAUAAAACACGUCAUAACUCAAUUUUCGAUAAAUUAUAUGAAAAACUGAGUAGCAGAUGAUGAUCAGCGUGGUCGAUUUACCCAAAAAACAUAAAUAAAUCAAAUUUUCAGAAAAAUUUUUGAUAUGAAUUUUCAGCCGAAAAAUGAAAAACUUCAAAAUUUUUUGAAAAAAUGCUUUUUAUUGAUGUAUUUUUAGUAAAUCGACUAUGCUGAUCAAUAUCUGAAACUUUAUUUCUCAUGAAAAUUAUUUUGAAAUGGAGCUAUGAGCCAAUUAGAGCAAUUUUUGAACUUUUUGAGAGCCCAGAACUUGGCUCAGAGGUCCAUUGGGUAACUAAAAUUUUUAGGGUGUUCUUAUCACCCCAAAAUCUGUCUAUGGACGAAAUUUCAUCAUGAUUUGAAGUGUUGAGUAAAAAAGGUUCCCUUGUUAGAGAAUUCUUCAUUUUGUUGAAAAUUUUGGACUAUUCUAGGCCAUCUAGACUUUCCCCUGACUCCAUAUUUCAAUUUUAUCCGAUUUCAGGCCUAUUCUAAGCCUUUCAGAAUCCAAUUUUCCUCGCAAAAAUCCCAUUUUCCAGCUCACAAACAUGAUAGAAAUCGAAACUUUUCUCAUGAAAUGUCUAUUGAACAUGGAAGAUAUACGAGAAGCAUCGGUUGAAUAUUUAAUUGAAGAAUUUAGGUAAAUUUUAUUUUUUUCAGCCUUUUUUUCACCUCUUUUUUACAGAAAGUCCUACAAAACGCCGGCUCGACCCUCAUCAAAAUCCGAAUCUGAAAAUAUCAUAAUGGCAACUGGUGAUAACUAA